CACCGAACCCAGCCAAAGUCUCACCUCCCUUGUCCAAGGAAACGACCAUUCGGACUUGGGACUCCACCUCAAACGAUACACACCGAGGCUCGCGGCUUGCUUUGCAGUACCGUAUCGUAUUGUCUACCUACAUCGCCGCCGCUGUUUACUGAGAGAACUGCAAAACAACGACUCCCAUGGCACUCUCGAUGCUGGGCUGAUAUGUACGACACUGUAUUCUCUAUGUUUGAUUACCUAUCAGCAAUCAUGAAUACAAGCAGCCAUCCGAUCGUGGCAUUCUCGUAUCAACUGUACAUCUUACCAGCCAAUGUACCAUGCAGCCGACCCCUGCGCCUCCAGCUUCACCGUGCGCCACCCCCAGACCGUCUGGUCCGUGAGCUGAGCAAAACCUCCGGCUCCAUGACGAUGCGAUCUCGAUGUCAUCCAACUCCCGCUUACUGGCUCCCCCGUGGUUGGCUUGCGUUUCCGACAUUUUUCUGCAAUACCUGCAAUCUUCGAGACGUUGCCAGCCCUCUCGUACGAGGAACCAGAUACCUAGGUAUCUGCACCGACGAAGCCCCCAUGUAUCUACUUUCUCGAUCAUGGCACGAUUGCUAUCCAUACGCACCCAAUGAUUGGGCGGCUCCCUACCUCAGACUCACGCGCCGCAUUGGAGCGACGAGAUACCUGGCUGGUUGA